UUUAUUCGUCGCUUUUCUGAGCUACAGUGAACGUCGUAAGGAAACAGAGAGACUUUGCUUUAGUGUUCUGAUGAAACAUGGAGAAGGAAGACGGGGUCGUGGCGGUUAAACGGAGCAGCUCGGAGCAGAGGAAGCUCCGCUCUCGCGAUGCGGCCCGCUGCCGGCGCAGCCAGGAGACCGAGGUGUUCUAUGAACUGGCCCGGACCCUGCCGCUGCCGCGCCGAGUCUGCACCCACCUAGACAAAGCCGGCAUCAUGAGGGUGACGCUCAGCUUCCUGCGGAUGCAGCAGCUCCUGCAACCCGAAGAGAGUGUGAAGAAAGAGGAGGAGGAUGAAGAUCCGAUGGACGCUUUCUUCCCCCAGGCCUUGGCGGGCUUCGUCAUGGUGAUGACCGAGGAGGGGGACAUGGUGUUCCUGACGGAGAACGUCAACAAGCACAUCGGCAUCACGCAGCUGGAGCUGCUCGGCCAGAGCGUCUACGACUUCAUUCAUCCCUGCGAUCAGGAGGAGCUGCGAGACCUCCUGACUCCGCGUCCAGGUCUGAGUAAGAAGCUGAUGGCGGAGCAACCGAGCGAGAGAAACUUCUUCCUGCGAAUGAAGAGCACCCUGACCAGCAGGGGGCGCACCGUCAACAUCAAAUCUGCCACCUGGAAGGUUCUCCACUGCACGGGCCACAUCCGCCCCUUUGGCUCAGCGUCGCCCCCUGCUGCCAGAGUGAUGACGCUGCUGUGCGAGCCGAUCCCCCACCCGUCCAGCGUGGAGUUCCCUCUGGACAGCUGCACCUUCCUCACCCGCCACACCAUGGACCUGCGCUUCACCCACUGCGAGGGCAGGGUAACGGAGCUGGUGGGCUACAAACCGGAGGACCUGAUUGGACGCUCGGCCUACGAGUUUUAUCACGCGCUCGACUCGGAUCGCAUCAAGAAGAGCCUGCUAACACUUCUCUCCAAAGGCCAGGUGAACUCUUCCCCCUACCGCUUCCUGGCCAACUGCGGCGGCUUCGUGUGGGCCGAGACUCAAGCCACCGUCCUCUACAGCAAGACGUCGCAGCCCGAAGCCAUCGUCUGCCUCAACUUCAUCCUCAGCGCGGUGGAGCAGCCGGACGUGGUGUUCUCCGUCGAGCAGACCCGCUGCAGCCUCCUGCCUAAAACCGAGCCCUCCUCCCCGGAGCGCGCCGCCGAGGACAGCGGCAUCUCCGACACCUGCGACUCUGACGGCGAGGACGCCGGCAGCUCGGCGAAGCUCCUCCUGAAGCUGACGGAGAAACCGGAGGAGCUGCUGCAGCUGCCGGACGGCGGGGACGGCGUGGCGCCGGCGCUGACGGCAGGUCGGGUGGAGCUGUCGUUCGCCAGUCCUCCCAGUCCAGACGUGGUUCCGGACCAUCCUAAGGACCUGUGCAGCCCUCAGCUGCGGCAGCUGCUGUCGCCCAUCUUCGACGGCCUGAAUCCGUCCUCGUCCCCGGCCGCCUCCUCUGAGCCGGACCUGAGCCCCUGUGAAGAGGAGGUGAUGGACACCAGCGAGGUGGAGCGCUUCUUCACCAUCUGCCCGGAGGAAACGCAGCUCAAGGAACAAGCCAUCGAGGACGUGGAGGGGAAGGAGCUGGAGAUGUACGCGCCGUACAUCUCCAUGGACGACGACUUCCAGCUCACCUUCCUCAGCAAUCUGCCGCAGGAAGCCAACAAACCCGCGUCGCUGCUGUUCCAGGGCACCGAUGGGAUUCCUGCCGUCACCGUCAGCAGGAAGAGGACUCACGACUUGGACAAAGAGCCGCCGCCUCUGCUGAUGAUCCAGGACAAGAGACACAAGCCGGACCCGUCCUCCAUAGAGGAGGAGCUGCUGCUCAGCAACAGGCUGCUGGGUUCGCUGGAAGACGGCGACCAGCCGGAUCUGAUUCUGGACUCCAGACGCAGUCAGCUACUCACAGACAGAGACCCGGUUCUGUCAGAACUGUGCGACACCGCAGUUCUGAUGAGGGACAUCUUCAUCCCUCGCCCAGCUGACCUGUCGCCGCCGCUCUCGCCUAUGACCUGAGGCAGCUCCGGGGUCGGCGCGACCUCCGCCGCCUCCGCCAUCAGGGCGAGCGACUUAGAGAGAGAGAGAGAGAGAGGUUGGCGCCGAGUCCGCCUGCAGCAGCAACACAGCAACUUAAGCGCACACAUCUAAACAAAACCACAAACCUUUACGCACAAGAUGGUCGCCUCGCACGCGCCUCGCCGCCCGCUGAGGGCUGAGCGACACAACCGACCGGGACGCUUUCCUCCGCUGUGAACCGAGGCGGCGCCGGUUUCCUAGGAAACGGCAGGCGGUGCCGGCUUUCUCCAUCUGGAGCGUUCGGAAAAACAGAUUUCUUAGUGCAGCUAAAAAUCAGAUGUAUCACAUUUUUAAUCGUUUCUGUUGUUUUAAAGAUGAACAGCUUGCAGAAUAAAGAGAAAAAGAGAAAAUCUUUCGCUUGUGAAGCACUUCUACAAUAAUCUGCCAUUUUUAUUUUCAUAAUUACACCAAAAACAUUUUAAAAACAGCAACAAAAUAAAGCGAAUCUCAGUGGCAAUUUUUACAACUUUUUCUACUUUUUGUUUUUAACGAUGCAUUAACUGUAGUUUGAGUUUAUUUACCGUGUGAAAUACCUGCCUGCCUGCCGAACCACUCUGGCGGCGCUCGUUCUGAUCUUCCCGGCGUCCCAGGCGGGCGGGGUUCAUCCGACACUCCCUGUAAACCAAUGCGAAGCGAUCAAUCAAAAGAAACGUUUUAGGAAUUGACUCCCAGACUUCCCAGUGACUGACCCGGCUGGAAAACUGGAACAGAUUUUCUCCAGUUUUUAAAUGGAAAUCAUGUAUUUUACUAACCGCUUUAAUAAAGCCAUUACUAGCUGAGUAAAAGUAGAGUUAGCAUGUCUAUGCUUGUGAUUAAACACUAGUGUUUUAUUUUCUUCCUUUAAGUUUGAAUCUUGUAACAAAUUAUACCUCAAAUCGCUGAACUGAAACAGUUUUGAUGAAUUAAAUCGAUGUGAAACAUUCAACGUGUCGCUUUCAGGAGACAAACAAACAAACUUUGAAUAAAAACUGCCAGGUUGUUUCUCACACAGAGCUCUGUGCCUUCUCACCAUGCAGUAAAACCUUCAGCCAGACUGUUACCUUCACUCUGAUUCUGCUCUAAAGCUGCUUCUCUGCCGAGGGGCCAAUAGAUAAAUAAAUACUGUUUUCUGGAACCUUUUACUGUUUAUCCUGUACGUACUCUUGAAGUAAAUAAAACUGUUUAAAACUAAAA